UGGCGGGAGAUAGGAAAGUGCUUCUGCGCGCGCUAGCGGUGGCCGCAGUUCCUGCGAGUGGCGGCGGGACCUGCGGAUACGCUGACGCCUCCUAGCGCGGCCGCGGGACCCGGAGCGGCCGGAGCAGCCCGCGCUUUGACCCCGGCCCGGCUCCCGCUCCGGGCUCAGCCGGCGGGCAGGCGAGCGCGGCGCGGCCCGGGCCGGGGGGGAUGUCUCGGCGGACGCGCGGUGAGGAGCUGGAUGAGCUACACUACCAGGACACGGAUUCAGACGUGCCGGAGCAGAGGGACAGCAAGUGUAAGGUCAAAUGGACCCAGGAAGAGGACGAGCAGCUGAGGACCCUGGUGAGGCAGUUCGGACAGCAAGACUGGAAGUUCCUGGCCAGCCACUUUCCUAACCGCACCGACCAGCAAUGCCAGUACCGGUGGCUGAGGGUCUUGAAUCCAGAUCUCGUCAAGGGGCCGUGGACCAAAGAGGAAGAUGAGAAGGUCAUCGAGCUGGUGAAGAAGUACGGCACGAAGCAGUGGACGCUGAUCGCCAAGCACCUGAAGGGCCGGCUGGGGAAGCAGUGCCGCGAGCGCUGGCACAACCACCUCAACCCCGAGGUGAAGAAGUCCUGCUGGACCGAGGAGGAGGACCGCAUCAUCUGCGAGGCCCACAAGGUGCUGGGCAACCGCUGGGCCGAGAUCGCCAAGAUGCUGCCCGGGAGGACAGACAACGCUGUGAAGAACCACUGGAAUUCCACCAUCAAAAGGAAGGUGGACACGGGAGGCUUCCUGAGCGAGUCCAAAGACUGCAAGCCCCCCGUGUACUUGCUGCUGGAGGUCGAGGGCAAGGACGCCCCCCAGAGCGCCCAGCCCGCGGAAGGCCAGCAGGGAAGCCUCGUGACCACCUGGCCCCUGGCCCUCCCCGCCGUGAAGGAGGAGGAGACCAGUGAGGAGGAGGCUGCGGCCGCAACCCCUGUGAAGGAGCCGGACGCCGCCCCAGCAGAGCUGGACGCGGUGCGCACGCCGGAGCCCCUGGACGAUGUCCCCAAGCACGACGACCAGGAGAGCUCCUCGCCGGAGACCAGCCUGCCCUAUAAGUGGGUGGUGGAGGCCGCAAACCUCCUGAUCCCGGCCGUGGGCUCCAGCUUCUCGGAAGCCCUGGACUUGAUCGAGUCGGACCCCGAUGGUUGGUGUGACCUGAGUAAGUUUGACCUCCCCGAGGAGCCGUCCGCAGAGGGCAGCAGCGGCAGCAGCAGCAGCAGCCCCGUGCAGCCCCAGCCACCGCAGCCCCGGCAGGCCCCGCCGCCCCGCCAGUCCGUUGCGCCCGGGCCCAGUGUGACCGAGUACCGCCUCGACGGCCACACCAUCUCAGACCUGAGCCGCGGCAGCCGGGGCGAGCUGAUCCCCAUUUCCCCCAGCACCGAAGUGGGGGGCUUGGGCAUUGGCACCCCGCCCUCCGUGCUCAAGCGGCAGAAGAAGAGGCGUGUCGCCCUGUCCCCCGUCACAGAGAACAGCGCCAACCUGUCCUUCCUGGACUCCUGCAACAGCCUCACCCCCAAGAGCACACCCGUCAAGACCUUGCCCUUCUCGCCGUCCCAGUUCUUGAACUUCUGGAACAAACAGGACGCCCUAGAGCUGGAGAGCCCCUCGCUGACGUCCACCCCGGUGUGCAGCCAGAAGGUGGUGGUCACCACGCCCCUGCACCGGGACAAGACGCCCCUGCACCAGAAGCACACUGCGUUUGUGACCCCAGAUCAGAAGUACUCCAUGGACAACGCUCCCCACACGCCGACUCCGUUCAAGAACGCCCUGGAGAAGUACGGGCCCCUGAAGCCCCUGCCGCAGACCCCGCACCUGGAGGAGGACCUGAAGGAGGUGCUGCGCUGCGAGGCCGGCCUGGAGCUUGUCAGCGAGGACGACGUGAGGCCGGAGAAGCAGAAGAGGAAGCCUGGGCUGCGGCGGAGCCCCAUCAAGAAAGUCCGAAAGUCCCUGGCUCUUGACAUCGUGGAUGAGGAUGGGAAGCUGAUGUCCACAGUGCCCAAGGCUGUGUCCUUGCCGACACAUGUCCCAUCGAGCUCCUCCAGCCUCGCCCUGCCAGGCGUCAAAGGGGACAACAGUUUGCUCAACGAGGGCUUCCUGCAGGCCAAGCCCGAGAAGCCAGUGACAUCCCAGAAGCCCCGGAGCCACUUUCCAACACCUGCCCCCAUGACCAGUGCCUGGAAGACCGUGGCCUGUGGGGGCACCAAGGACCAGCUCUUCAUGCAGGAGAAAGCCCGGCAGCUCCUGGGCCGCUUGAAGCCCAGCCACACGUCUCGGACCCUCAUCUUGUCCUGAGGGGCUCGGCGGCCGCGAGCCCAUUCUCAUGUUUACAGGGGGCUGGGGGACUGAGGCUGGUCUGUGAAUUUGAGAACCACACUCAGGGGACCGCCUGCAGGAGGAGCCUCCUGCUGCCAGCCCCUCCCCAGAUGUCUCAGGUGCAGACGCGGGCCACCACUGUCCUGUCUCUGAGUGCAGCUGCGCCUGUGGUGGCUCCUGGUGCUAACAGAGCAUUCCCACCCUGGGGCCCCUUCCCGGGGCCACUGGGCGCCCCAGGCCCUGGGCAGGCCUGGCCUCAUCUCAGACCCUUGCUUAGGAGACAGGGCGCUGACUGGCGUGCUUCUCCCUCACCCGUUGGUGUAUUUUCUUGAAUAAAUUUGCCUUUUCCCUUGUA